CGCGAAAUGAAAUAAUUAUCAAUGUGGUAACUUAACUCCCAACAAAACAAAGGUAUGUUAACAUAGCGUUCUCGUGCGUGUAUAUACGCACGCGUGGAUAUGUAAUAUAUACAUAUUCUAUGCAUGUGUAUAUAUAUGCGCGUAGAUAUGUGAUAUAUAUGUAUCAAUAGAGCCAUCACGCAACCUGCUUUAUAAAAAUAAAAAAGAGCCACCGUUGACUGAACCGUCACCUCCUUUCACCCCUCUAUAUAUACAUAUAUAAUAUAUUCCAUUUUCUUUGCAUUUUCCACUAUAUCCAUCUUUGUUCGUUUUAAAAAAAUCAGAGUAUGAUGGGUUCGAGGACCGUCGAUCUAAGCAGCAAUGGUUCAAUCUCAGCCGUCCAUUCAGACGUGAUCGGAACCCACAUCCUGACCCGACUCGACGGCCCGACUCUAGCCUCUGCCGCCGCCACGUCAUCAUACCUGCAGACCAUCUGCUCCGAUCAAACCCUCUGGCGCCAAAUCUCCGCCGCCACGUGGCCCUCCAUCAACGACCCACGUGUCCUCCGCCUCAUCUCCUCCUUUCCCUCCGGUUUCCGCUCCUUCUUCUCAGACUCCUACCCGUUACCCGACCCAAACCCGCCGCCGGUAAAACCCGACCCGGCAUCGGAAUUCAUCUCCGCCGUCGAUUUGUACUACCGAGGAGAUCUCAUUUACUCCAAGGUUCAAGAGACGAAGAUCGAAUCCGGGUCUCAACCCGGGUCGGGGUGGUUCAAGAAUUCGCCGUUCCAGGUCGAUUUGCUCGAUCCGAAAGAGACAAUUCCGACCGGGAUCCGGUACCCAGGAGGAGAUUACGAGUCGUGGGUCCGCGACAUGGAAGAGAACACGACACUGAACUGGGUAUUGAUCGACCCGAUCCGGAAACGCGCGGCGAACAUAUCGAGCCGGAGAGCGGUGUCGGCGCGGCGGAACUGGGUCACCGGCGAUCUGGAGAUACGUUUCGCGGCGGUGGCGGUGGCGGAUAAGGCGGAGGUGACGGCGGUGGUGGCGGUGGGUGCGGCGGAGGUGUGGAAGGAGGUGGACGAGGAGGUGGGAGGAGAAGUGCACGUGAGGGACGUGCGGCUUCAGGUGGAGGACAUGGAGGGAAGGUGUACGAAUGGAAGGGACAGUUUGGUAAUUUUGCAGGGGAUGCUGCAGGGGAAGAGGUUUGGGACUGGGGAAGAAGACGGAGGGAGAGUGAUGAAGACGAGGUACGAGGAAUACGUCGAAGUGAAGAGACAGUGGAGAGAGAACAAGGAGAGGAGAGAGAGAGCUAAGGAUUUGUGUUUUAUCGUUUUUGGGUUCGCCCUGUUCUUGCUUUUGUGGUGUUUGAUUCUGUUUAGGUGAGGGAGAGGGAGAUACAUACACAGAUACAGCUACAGAUACAGCUACAGAUACAUAUACAGAUACAGUUGCGUGUAUUUGAUUCUAAAAGAUGAUUCUUUCUUUUGUGGUUAUCC